AUGGCGACGGCUUGCCCUCCUCCGUCGCUGCCCGGCGGCGGCGGCGGCGCCACCAAGCGGGGAAGAAGGGAGCAGCAUGUGGCGGCGGGCUAUUUAAGGGAGAGGGAUAGUGUGCUCUCCUGCGGAACCUGGCGCUCCCUUCGCUCCCUUCCGUGCCGUCCACCAGCGACCACCUGCUUCGUCUCUUCUUCCUUUUCCUCUUCUUCUUCGUCCGACAGCGGCGUCUCUCUCACGGCUUCCGUCGGCUCUCCUCCGCCGGCGCCCGCUCUGCAGUGGAGACUCGACGGCCGACACGUCCUCGUUCUUAACAUCCUCGCCUGCGCCGUAUGCGCCGACCUUUUACCCUAUCUCCUUUCUUCCGUUUAAUUUCGGCUCAUACUUCCACGAUUUUGUCCGAGUUAUCGUGUCUGAAUUUCUUCGUGGCGGAGUCCCAUCCUGCUGGAUUCAUCUUCUCCGUCAAGAAACUGUCGACAGAUCGGGGGAAAUCUGUGUAGAUUGUUUUAGUCGGAUGUUUCUAUAAUGUAGCAGCAUCAGCAGGGGCAGCGGCAGGAGCAUCAGCUCAAUCUAAUCCUCACGCGUGCUAACCUCGCAGGCGGGGAUCGCAUCGUCAUGGCUGCUCUUCUCCGCCAUUCCGACCCUCCUGGUGGGCGAGUGAUUACAGAGAUCCGUCAUCCUGUUCUUGCUUGCGUCAGUUCUCCUCAUCUAUCUAUCUAUCUAUCUAACUUUCCCUUUUUGGAUCUUCUCCUCCCUCAAGGCCUUCAAGAGAGCGGCGGAGUCCAUCGAGAAGCUGCUGGACGCGACGAGGGAAGAGCUCCCCGAUACGAUGGCUGCGGUGAGGCUGUCUGGCAUGGAGAUCAGCGACCUGACCAUGGAGCUCAGCGAACUGGGGCAAGCUCCCGAGCCUUCACUCCAUUGGGCGACAGCUGCAUUUCUGUGUUCUGAUCGGACGUUCGCGUCUGCUGCGCAGGCAGGAGAUCAGCCAAGGGGUCAGAUCCUCCACCCGAGCUGUGCGGCAGGCCGAGGGCAGGCUACGCGGGCUCAUGGCGGCGCCGCCGUCCACAGGUUACUCCUCCUGACCCCCCUCAAAUCUCCGGCGGGGCCUCCCGAUGGGAUCUGACGGCGGGCUUUCACACCGUCUCUAGCUGCUGUGCAGAGGAAUGAAGAGGCGGCGGCGCCGGCGAUGGCAGCGGCAGCGAGGAACCUGAGGGAAGGGAUCGUGAAAGGGCGCUCCGCCGUCGGCGUCAUCCUCGCCCUGAGCCGGUUCUCGCAGUGGGCGCUCGGCUUCAUCGCCGCUCGCCGGCAGAAGGACGGCAUCCGCCGCUGA